GUGUGGUUUCAGAACAGACGGGCCAAGUGGAGGCGGCAGGAGAAGCUGGAGGUGACCUCCAUGAAGCUGCAGGACUCGCCCAUCCUCUCCUUCAACCGCUCACCACAGGCAACAGCCAUGGGUCCUCUCAGCAGCAACCUGCCCCUGGAGACGUGCCACGCACUGCAGCCCCUGGGGGCCAUGGGGCCGCCACCGCCUUACCAGUGCGGGGCCACCUUUGUGGACAAGUUCCCCUUGGACGAGGCAGACCCGCGCAACACCAGCAUUGCCGCCUUGCGGAUGAAGGCCAAGGAGCACAUCCAGUCCAUCGGCAAACCCUGGCAGACGAUCUGA